UUAAUUUGAAACAAAAAAAAAACAUAAUAAUGGGUGGAAAAGUUGAUCCUCUUGUGGUUGGAAGAGUGAUUGGUGAUGUAGUUGACAUGUUUGUGCCUAGUGUAACUAUGUCUGUCCAUUAUGCUAACAAACAUGUCACUAAUGGUUGUGAUAUCAAACCAUCUAUUGCUACUGAACCUCCUAAAAUCACCAUUGGUGGACAACCUGAUGAAUUUUACACUCUGGUUAUGACGGACCCUGAUGCUCCAAGUCCAAGUGAACCAACUAUGAGAGAGUGGGUGCAUUGGAUUGUGACAGACAUACCUGGGUGCAGCAACGUUGCUCGAGGUAAGGAGGUAUUGGGAUAUGUUGGGCCACGUCCACCAGUUGGGAUACACCGGUACAUACUGGUGUUGUUCCGACAAACCGCGCCGAUGCAGGAAAUUUUUCAGGCACCAGUAGCAAGAGCUCAUUUCUGUACUCGGAUGUUUGCACACCAGCUUGAUCUUGGCGUUCCAGUUGCAACGGUUUAUUUCAAUGCUCACAAGGAACCAGCAAAUCGAAAGCGCUAAGUGAGCGACGAUAGCCUAUAUAUGUGUGUGAAUAUCGUUAAUUAAUAUUACUGUCGGUGAAUUUUAAUGUGUGUUUUGAGUUUGGCACUUAUUAUUUAGCCAAUUACUCUUAAGUUUAAAAUGUUAAAGAACCGUAGAAUACUAGAAUUUAUGUUUGCUAGCAGUUUGGUCGAUGUAUUGUUAUGACUAAACCAUAUAUAUAUAUAUAUAUAUUGAUGUGUUUAAGUACGUUUAUUUUAUUAUAUUCUU